CUCUCUCACUCUUUUUUCUUUCUCUCUCUAGAAGUAAGGUCCUCUCCACCACCACCACCACUACCACCGCCACCUCCUCGAAUCCCUUCUGCUUAUGUAGAGAGAGAAAGAAAGUUUUCGCUUAAUGGAUUCGUUUUCUCUUCCACAAUUCAAAGCAUCUCUCCUAUUGAUUCGGUAAUAUUUUUGCGGUAAUGCAGUGGUAUGAGUGAUUCUUUCUUGGUGCAUAGCUAUGGCUGCUGAUUCGUCUAUUGAGGGCCUGGUGCUUGAUCCUUCUAAAUGCAGUAAGUUGACUAUGGAGGAAAAAAGAGAACUUGUAUAUGAAUUGUCCAAGUGGUCUCAUGGUGCAUCCGAGAUGCUACAGUCAUGGAGCCGUCAAGAAAUUUUGCAAAUCUUGUGUGCGGAGAUGGGGAAAGAAAGGAAGUAUACUGGGUUGACAAAGUUGAAAAUUAUAGAGAACCUUCUAAAAAUUGUUUCUGAAAAGAAAUCUGCGGGGCAUGAAACUGCCACAGACUCUGAACCACAGCAAUCUUCUCCUGCAAAUGGUCAGAAACCUGCCAAAAGGCAGAGAAAAACUGAGAAUCCAUCUCGAUUGCUGGUGCCUGCAAACAAUGUUCCAGUUAAUAAUGGUGGUGAUGUGGGUAGUGUCACAUGCUGCAAAAACUCAGCUUGCAAAGCUGCGCUGAAUCUAGCAGAUAAAUUUUGCAAACGGUGUUCAUGCUGCAUUUGUCAUCAAUAUGAUGACAACAAGGAUCCUAGCCUAUGGUUAAUAUGCAGCUCUGAAUCACCUUUUCCUGCCGUUUCUUGUGGCUUGUCAUGCCACCUUGAGUGUGCUUUAAAACACGUUGCUUCUGGAAUUGGCAAAGAUAGUGAACGUCCCAAGCUUGAUGGAAGCUUCUAUUGUGUCUCUUGUGGGAAAAUAAAUGAUUUACUCGGGUGCAUGAGAAAACAACUGACAGUGGCAAAGGAUACCAGACGUGUGGACAUACUUUGUUACCGUGUCUCCUUAUGCCAAAGACUUCUUCAAGGGACUGAAAUGUAUCAAAAGAUUUAUGAAAUUGUUGAUGAAGCAGUGAAGAAACUUGAACCUGACGUGGGUCCAUUGACCAGCUCACCAGCAAAGAUUGGUAGGGGGAUUGUGAAUAGGCUUUCAUCUGGACCAGGGGUUCAGAAACUCUGUGGAUCUGCUCUGGAAUCUCUUGAUUCACUGCUUUCGAAUAGGAUCUCGCCUAUAUCACCUAAUCUAACUACUCAAGUUGAUCAAUCAACACCUAACGAUGCAAAAAUGCUUGCUCCAAGCAUGGUGAGGUUUGAAGACAUCACUGCAACAUCCCUUGCUAUUAUUUUGGGAUAUGAAAAUCAUGGAGAAAAUAUUUCUGGUUUCACCUUGUGGCAUCGCAAAGCUGAUGAUGAGGACUACGCAGUGGACCCUACUUGCACUUUGCUUCUUCCAAAUAGAAGGUUCAGUGUCAGAGAUCUUAUUCCUGCUACAGAAUACACUUUCAAAGUUGUUUCUAAUGACUCGAGGGAGUUGGGCGUGUGUGAAGUUCAUAUCUCAACAGAGCACGGUGAUGAUGAAGCCCCUAAUUGCUCGGCAACGGAAAGAAGCCAGAGCCCAGUAACCAACUGCAGCAGCCUUUCCAAUCCAUCUUCAGUGGAAGAUGAAACUAAUAACAGCAAUCCAUAUAGUGACCAGACUGAUAAUCGGUCAGAAAAUUAUCAUAAUUAUUGCAAGGAUUCUGAUCAAGUUGCUACUGGAAAUUUAUCAAAUGGUACUAUUAUCUGUUCCAAUAUAGGUGGAGCAGGACUUCCCACAGAUGCAGAUUCCUUGUUGGACAAGCAGCAUUCUGCAGGAAUGGCUGGCCCCAUUCCAGGUUCUGAUGUACUAAAGCUUGAAAACAAUCAUUCACCAGAGGAACAAGUCACUGAGGACAUGAGCGUUGAUGACGGGUUGAAUUCGCCGGUGUUAACUGGCAGAGAAUGUGUGCCAUUAGUAGCUAGCUCAGAAGGAGGCUUACCUAAUACCCCAUGCAAGUUGGAAAUACUCAAGGAUGGGCCAGGAAGAAAUGGGAGAUCUAAAUCUGGUGGAAAAGAUCAAGAAAAUGGAUCCGGGAAGAGGGAAGGGGCUCGGGACGGGAGCACCUCAAAGAAGAGAAGCGGGGAAAGGCCAGAUGAGGGCUGCACAGCAAACGGGUUUUCAGAUCACAAUUUUGAGUAUUACGUGAAGGUGAUUAGAUGGUUAGAGUGUGAAGGGCACAUAGAGAAGAAUUUCAGGCAGAAGUUUCUGACUUGGUAUAGCUUAAGAGCAAGCCCACAAGAAAUGAGGAUUGUGAAAAUAUACAUAGACACAUUUCUUGAAGAUCCAGCAUCUCUUGCUGAGCAACUUGUGGACACUUUCACAGAAUGCAUAUCUUGCAAGAGAACUUCAGUGGUGCCGGCAGGAUUCUGCAUGAAGCUUUGGCAUUGAUCAGCCCUUUCCAGGGUUGUGAUUGAUGCUGUAAUUCUUUAGAAGAUUUCUGAUAUUCGUCCAUUUAGACAGUAAUCGAAUAUAUUUAUUCAGCAGCAUUGUCAUUCACAUGAUGAUGUGCGAAUUUUAGAUUUACUUUAAUUAUACAGUUUCAAAUUGAUAAUUUUUUUCAAUUUGGGAACUCGAUCAAUCAAUAUAAUUGCCUCUGGGAAAUGGAAUGACAA